AUGAUAAAAAAAUCAAACCAAGAUGAAUCUUAUAUUAUUGAUAAAACAAUUGUUAAUAAAAAUAAUGGAGAAUUUACAUUAAAUGGACGGUGUAUGUAUAUAGAUGGUUCAGGUGAAAAGUAUAUUCCAUACUUAAUUAUAGGACCAUCAAAUAAAAAUUAUCCACCUCCAACAAAAAAUCCAUUUAAAAUGAAUGCUGAAGAAUUUUUAGAAGAAUCAAUGGUAAAUAAAUUUAUUGUUAAAAAUAAUAAAAAUGUAUCAAACAAUGAUAAAACAGAAGAAAUAAAACUCUUAUCAAAAAAAAAAUAUACCAGUUUAUUUGAUAAUUAUAAAAUUGUGGAAAACCUUAUUAUUGAAAAUUUUUUAAAUAAGCGUGUUCUUAUACGUGCUAAUAAUAAUAUAAUUAAUUAUUGUACCAUUGAUUACCAUCAAUUAAGAUUUCCUCAUGAUAUUACAGAUAUUAACAAUAAGGGAAUAUAUGUAUUGUUUAAUUUAUUUGUUUAUAAAAAUGAAAUUUAUAAUCCAUUUGAAAGAGUAAAAAUUUUACAUGGAAUUCAUAUGACUAAAAAAAAAGAUAAGAAUAACAAUCCUAUUCAAUUAGAUUCUUUUCAAAAAUAUAUUACAACAUUAAUAGAAAAAUACCAAUAA